UCGACGCAACACCCUGGACUCGGCCAUGGCGUUAUUGGAGUCCACGAUAAAGGAUGGUGGUACAUUUUGUUACGUUGACUCUAUAUUCUGCUUGAAAGCUUCACUAUAUUUAAUUGACCAGCUACUGGAAAGCUUGCUUCUAAAACAACCAGGCAAGUUUACAUGUUGUGCUUGUGUAAUAUCACCAUGCAACAACUGCUUUAUGCAGCAUAAUAAGCUAGUAGUUAACAGCUAGUGGUCAUGGUCAUGGUCAGUAAUGUUUGUGUCGCGUUUAUGAUGAUGCCACGGCAGUAGAGGCGGUGAAAGUGUGAGGACCAAUCUAUAAUCCCACCCAUUUUUGGUUGGCAAACAACUGCAGUGGAAUAGCAAGGGCAAAAGUUUAGCGAGCCAGACUUCAAUAUUUGACAGGUGUCCUUAUAGAAGUGAACAAUAGCUGAGCACUCUUGACACAGCACGAUCAUGACAGUUCUUCAGGAGAUCACAGGAUGGGCUGCAUAUCUGAUGCUGUGCCUGCUUUUUGUUGUUUUUAUCGCAUUUAUUGCAUACUGUCUGUAUGUUAAACAUAUUCAUCAGAAAUAUGAUCAUAUACCUGGACCUCCAAGAGACAAUUUUCUGCUGGGACAUACACCAACUUUUAUUAAAGCAACAAAAUCGGACCGCGUCAUUCACGACUUACUUCUGCAAUGGGCAGAGAAAUAUGGCCCUGUCUUCAGGAUAAACACCUUGCAUUUUGCCGUGAUCAUGGUUUAUUGCCCUGAGGCUACAAAGACAAUCCUGAUGUCACCCAAGUAUCCCAAAGAUCCCUUUGUCUACAAACGUCUCUUUAGCAUGUUUGGGAAAAGGUUCAUGGGAAACGGACUAGUGACUGCUGCGGACCAUGAUGUGUGGUACAGGCAACGACGUAUCAUGGAUCCAGCCUUUAGCAGCUCAUACUUGCGAGGCUUGAUGGACACUUUUAAUGAGAUGUCAGAACGCCUGAUGGACAAACUCGAGGAGAAAGCUGAUGAGAAAACACCUGUCAUCAUGCACGGCCUGGUCAACUGUGUCACACUCAAUGUCAUUUCCAAGGUGGCUUUCGGUGUUGACUUGAACCUGUUAAAGGAAACUGAUUCCCCCUUCCAGACAGCAAUAGAUCUAUGUUUAAAGGGCAUGGUAUAUUAUCUCAGAGACCCAUUUUUUACACUUUUCCCCAAGAACUGGAAGAUGGUCAAACAAAUUAAAGAUGCAGCUGAACUCCUGCGUAAAACGGGAGAGAUAUGGAUACAAAACAGGAAAACAGCCGUGGAAAAUGGUGAAGAUGUCCCUAAAGAUAUUCUGACACAAAUCCUCAAAACGGCAGAGGAGGAAAAAGCAAACAAUGCAGAAGAUCAUGAACUGAUGCUGGACAAUUUCGUAACUUUCUUUAUUGCAGGGCAAGAGACAACAGCCAAUCAGAUCUCAUUUGCAAUCAUGGAAUUAGGGAGACACCCAGACAUAUAUAAACGUGCUAAAGCAGAAGUGGACGAGGUCCUUGGGACAAAAAGGGACAUUUUAUAUGAAGACCUUGGAAAACUCACUUACUUGUCUCAGGUGUUGAAGGAGACAUUGCGUCUGUACCCCACUGCUCCAGGAACAUCUCGCUGGCUGCCUGAGGACAUGGUUAUUAAUGGGCUGAAAAUCCCAGGAAAAUGUAUUGCUACUUUCAGUAGUUAUACCUCCUCAAGAUUGGAAACGUUUUUCAAAGAUCCGUUGAAAUUUGAUCCAGAGAGAUUUGAUGUGAAUGCCCCAAAGCCUUAUUACUGCUACUAUCCAUUUUCACUUGGACCACGAUCCUGUUUAGGACAGGCCUUCUCUCAGAUGGAGGCAAAAGUUGUGCUUGCCAAACUGCUUCAGAGAUUUGAUUUCAGUCUGGUUCCUGGACAGUCAUUCGACAUUAUAGACACAGGAACUCUGCGGCCCAAGAGUGGAGUGAUCUGCAACAUCAAAUGCUCUACAUAGGACAUCUUCUAGGCCCAGGAUCUGAAUAUUGUGUUACAACUCAUAUGUACUGAUCUGUCUGCCAGCAAAUUCAUGUUCAUUCCUCAAAUAUAAACCUGAACACAGAGGUUUUAACAGUUUAGUUUAUGAUACUCAAAUGCUCUUUCGAUUAUUGUGUUUUUUUUAAUCUUUUUGUCUGAAGUCUUAUCUCUUUAUCAUAAGCAUUGGCCACCUAUAUAUAUAUAUAUAUAUGAAAUAAAUAUCUUAAUGCUUAUGCUUACAGUAAUGCACUCUAUGACAUUUUUGAUUACUGU